AUGCCUGCCGCACCGAAGCAAAGAAAGAUCGCGAUUGUUGGCAGUCGUUCUGUGGGCAAAUCAUCUCUCACGGUCCGUUUUGUUGAACACCACUUCGUCGACAGCUAUUACCCGACAAUUGAGAAUACUUUCAGCCGAAUUAUCAAGCACAAUGGCCAAGAUUAUGCAACUGAGAUUGUCGACACUGCAGGACAGGACGAAUAUAGUAUCUUGAAUUCCAAGCAUUUCAUUGGAAUCCAUGGAUAUAUCAUUGUUUAUUCAGUUACAUCGCGUCAGUCAUUCGAGAUGGUACGGACAAUUCGUGACAAGAUUCUGAACCAUCUUGGCGCGGAUGAAGUACCUCUUGUUAUAGUAGGAAACAAGAGUGAUCUCAAGCCAGAACAUCGUCAAGUCACACUUGAUGAGGGCCGGCAAUUAGCGGAGGAGGUCAAUUGUGCCUUCACUGAAGCAAGUGCUUUCCUUGACUUCAACGUUGCCAAGGCCUUUGAUCUCAUGAUAGGAGAGGUUGAGAAGUCUCAAAAUCCCUCACAGCCUACUGGAGGAAACAAAUGCGCUUUGAUGUGA